CGCUAGUGUAGCGGCGUUCGAGCGAACUAUUCCGUUGAUACUCCAUGGAUUUUGAUCUCAGCAAACCGACACCCUUUGACGUUCUUUCGAACCGUAUUUACGUUGUGGAUUUUAUGUGAUUCAGGUGUCACCGUCUGUCGUCUUACAGCCCGUAGCAAUGUUGGUUUUAGUGUUGGGUGAUUUGCACAUACCUCACCGUUGUAGCAGUUUACCUGCCAAAUUCAAGAAAUUGCUGGUGCCUGGACGUAUCCAGCACAUCCUGUGCACAGGAAAUCUAUGCACGAAAGAGUCAUACGAUUACCUCAAAACACUUGCCAACGAUGUCCAUGUAGUAAGAGGUGAUUUCGAUGAGAAUUUGAAUUAUCCUGAACAGAAGGUUGUAACUGUAGGUCAAUUCCGCAUUGGCCUUUCUCAUGGCCAUCAAGUUGUGCCAUGGGGUGAUCCAGAGUCCUUAUCUCUUGUCCAGCGUCAAUUAGAUGUUGAUAUUUUAAUUUCGGGUCACACUCACAAGUUUGAAGCUUAUGAACAUGAAAGCAAAUUUUACAUCAACCCUGGCUCUGCCACUGGGGCUUACAAUCCUCUUGAUACAAUGGUCACACCUUCCUUUGUGCUCAUGGACAUUCAGAGUUCAACUGUAGUGACAUAUGUUUACCAGCUUGUAGGAGAUGAAGUUAAGGUGGAAAGGAUCGAAUAUAAGAAAAGCUGAGGUUGAGGCUGUGCAUUUGACUGAUCUUUAUAAUUCAUUCCUUCAUUAAGUUGGGGAAUCAUUUAUGAUUUACCAGCAUCUCUACUUUUAAACCAGUGGCAUAUACCAUCAAUAGCAAAAUGUAUGAUACCAAUUGGUUGCUCACUAAAGAUUUAUAGUAUUGGAACUAAAGGAAAAAAAUUCUUGCAUGAGACUAUUGUUCAGUCUUUGAGACUUGUUGUUAAAUACAUAGUUAAUGUACGAAUCCAUUGAAUCAUGUGUAUUUCAUAUCUGUAUUAUUUUGGUUGAAUGUAUUUAUUUAUGCCUAGAGAAAAAUGCGCCCUUGCUUUCAGAUUUACAUCUUGAUAUAUUUUAUUGUAAUCAUAUUUGUUGCAUAUAAGUUGAGGAUCAGAUCUGAUCUAUUAUUCCUUCGAAUAGUCUAUAUUAAUAAUAAUAAUGAAUUUGGUUCUUGCACACCAAACUGUUUUAUCUCAAAUUCCUCUAAGGAACUUAAAACUGUUUUAAUGCGUACUCUGUUUUGAUUUGUCCAACAAUUUUAUUCCCUCUUUUGUUUGAGCUGGGAACACACUUUUCUGUGUGCCAGCCAUGAUUCUUUUUGCUGGCUUGGAUGUACACAGUGGUAAUUUUCAAAUGAAACCUGUAUAUUAAAGUUUAUAUCUUUGUUAAA